AUGGAAAGCGUACGGCUGCCGGCGGCGCUGGGGGCGCCGUACGAGCGCGUGUACCUCGCGCAGUUUGACGGGGUGACGAAUGGCGCGCAGCUGAAAGACGCGCUCAUCUCCGCGUCCAAGUCGGACGAAAAUUCCGACGAGCGGCGGCGGAUGGACUAUGCAUUCGUCGACGCGCGCCUCGUGGCGAGCAGGCGCCAGCUGCUCACGGCGGUCGUCGAGGCGAUUGUCGCGUCCGAGCGUGUGCGCAACGGCGAGCUCGUUGGGCUCAAAACCCCGUCGGUGCACUCGGAGAUUUUGUGGGCGCUGAAUCCGAAUAACAACAUUGCCGACGCGCUGCGCCGCUUUGGCGUGUCAAAAGCGACGACGACGCUGCUACUCGUGCGCGUCGCGCGCGCGCCGCCGCACGGGCCCGAGCCGGGCGCGGUGGCCGCCGCGAUGGACGCGCUCGUCGACGGCACGCUGCGCAUGGCCGGCGUCGCGCUCCCCGGCGACGACGAGCUGCCUACGAGCGCCGGCGCACUCGGCACCUCGGUGCUCGACUGGCCCGAGCUCGCGAAAGUGUACAAGCUGCGCGAGACGCACGACUAUGCAAAAGCGACUCCCGCGUCGGUCGAGCCGCUGCUGUGCUCGGCCGUGGCGACCAAGUUUCUUGGCUAG